AUGCUCCGCGCAAGACCAGAGGCACUGGUGCUCCUGGGAGCUCUGCUGACUGGUUCCCUAGGUCCGGCAGGCGGUGAGGACGCACUCUCAUUGCCCUGGGAAGUGCAGCGCUAUGACGGUUGGUUCAACAACCUGAGGCACCACGAGCGUGGCGCUACCGGCUGCCGGCUGCAGCGCCUUGUACCAGCCAACUACGCGGACGGAGUGUAUGAGGCUCUGGAGGAGCCGGUGCUCCCCAACCCGCGCCGUCUCAGCAACGCCGCCACACAGGGUGUAGCCGGGCUGGCAUCGCUCCGCAACCGCACCGUGCUGGGGGUCUUCUUUGGCUACCACGUGCUCUCGGACCUGGUGAGCGUGGAAACGCCCGGCUGCCCUGCCGAGUUCCUCAACAUCCGCAUCCCGCCCGGAGACCCCGUGUUCGACCCCGACCACAGCGGGGACGUGGUGCUGCCCUACCAGAGGAGCCGCUGGCACCCCGAGACCGGACGCAGCCCCAGCAACCCGCGGGACCUGACCAACGAAGUGACGGGCUGGCUGGACGGCAGCUCCAUCUAUGGCUCCUCACACUCCUGGAGCGACGCGCUGCGGAGCUUCUCCGGGGGACAGCUGGCGUCGGGGCCCGACCCCGCCUUCCCUCCACACUCGCAGAGCCCCCUGUUCAUGUGGGCCGCACCUGACCCCGCCACCGGCCAGCGCGGGCCCCAGGGGCUGUACGCGUUCGGGGCCCAGAGAGGGAACCGGGAGCCCUUCCUGCAGGCGCUGGGCCUGCUCUGGUUCCGCUACCACAACCUGUGCGCUCGGAGGCUGGCCCGCCAGCACCCUGACUGGGGGGACGAGGAGCUGUUCCAGCACGCGCGCAAGAGGGUCAUCGCCACCUACCAGAACAUCGCUCUGUACGAGUGGCUGCCCAGCUUCCUGCCGAGAACGAAAACGCCCCCGGCGUACGCAGGGUACCGGCCAUUUCUGGACCCCAGCAUCUCCCCGGAGUUCGUGGUGGCCUCUGAGCAGUUCCUCUCCACCAUGGUGCCCCCUGGCGUCUACAUGAGAAAUGCCAGCUGUCAUUUCCGGAAGGUCCUGAACAGGAGUUUUGGCAGCUCCCCUGCUCUCAGGGUCUGCAACAGCUACUGGAUUCGGGAGAACCCCAAUCUGAACAGCACCCAGGAGGUGACUCAGCUGCUGCUGGGAAUGGCCUCCCAGAUUUCGGAGCUGGAAGACAGGAUAGUGGUCGAAGAUCUGAGGGAUUACUGGCCUGGUCCUGGCAAGUUCUCCCGCACAGACUACAUAGCCAACAGCAUCCAACGUGGCCGAGAUAUGGGGCUGCCCAGCUACAGCCAGGCCCUGCUGGCACUGGGGCUCAAGACCCCAAAGAACUGGAGUGAUCUCAACCCUAAUGCGGACCCCCAGGUGCUGGAGGCCACAGCCGCCUUGUAUAACCAGGACCUGUCCCGGCUGGAGCUGCUCCUGGGGGGGCUCCUGGAGAGCCAUGGGGACCCUGGACCCCUGUUCAGCACCAUUGUCCUCGAUCAGUUUGUGCGGCUACGGGAUGGUGACCGUUAUUGGUUUGAGAACACCAGGAAUGGGCUGUUCUCCAAGGAGGAGAUUGCGGAAAUCAGAAAUACCACCCUGCGGGACGUGCUGGUAGCUGUCACUGACAUCAACGCCAGUGCCCUGCAGCCCAAUGUCUUUGUCUGGCAUGAAGGUGCACCCUGCCCCCAGCCCCGGCAGCUCACAACUGAAGGCUUGCCCCCCUGUGUGCCCCUUAUCGUGCUCGACUUCUUCGAGGGCAGCGGUCCUGGCUUUGGCAUCACCAUCGUGGCCCUCUGCUGCUUUCCGUUAGUGAGUCUGCUUUUCUCUGGGGUGGUGGCCCAUCUCCGGGGACGAGAGCGCAAGAAACUACAAAAGAAAGGCAAAGAGAGUAUGAAGAAGGAAGCAGCCAAAGACGGAAUGUCAGCGAUGGAGUGGCCAGGCCCCAAGGAAAGGAACUACCCUGUCAGCAUCCAGCUGUUCCCAGACAGGCUGCAGGUCCUGGACAGGUGUCUCACUGUGCUCCGCACGGUCCAGCUGCGGCCCUCGCAACAGGUCAACCUCAUCCUGUCCAGCAACCGAGGCUGCCGCAUGCUGCUGCUCAAGAUCCCCAAGGAAUAUGACCUGGUGCUGCUAUUUAACUCAGAAGAGGAGCGAGGCAUCUUUGUGCAGCAACUGAAGGGCUGGGCUCCAGGCCUCCAUGUGGCUGAGAUGGGCGAGAAGGAGCUAUUCAGGAAGGCUGUGACCAAGCAGCAGCGGGGACGCAUCCUGGAGAUCUUCUUCAGACACCUUUUUGCUCAGGUGCUGGACAUCAACCAGGCGGAGGCAGGGACUCUGCCCCUGGACUCAUCCCAGAAAGUGCGGGAGGCCCUGACGUGCGAGCUGAGCAGGGCUGAGUUUGCCGAGUCCCUGGGCCUCAAGCCCCAGGACAUGUUUGUGGAGUCCAUGUUCUCUCUGGCUGAUAAGGAUGGCAAUGGCUACCUGUCCUUCCGGGAGUUCCUGGACAUCCUGGUGGUCUUCAUGAAAGGCUCCCCAGAAGAUAAGUCCCGCCUGAUGUUUACCAUGUAUGACCUGGAUGAGAAUGGCUUCCUCUCCAAGGACGAAUUCUUCACCAUGAUGCGAUCCUUCAUCGAGAUCUCCAACAACUGCCUGUCCAAGGCCCAGCUGGCCGAGGUGGUGGAGUCCAUGUUCCGGGAGUCGGGCUUCCAGGACAAGGAGGAGCUAACGUGGGAGGACUUCCACUUCAUGCUGCGGGACCAUGACAGUGAACUCCGAAGCACACAGCUCUGUGUCAAAGGUGGACGUGGAGGUUCUAGCCACUUGUUCUCCUCUCCAGGUUCUGGAGACAUCUUUAAACAAAACAUCAGCAGUCGAGUUUCAUUCAUCACUCGGACUCCUGAGGGACGCUCCUGUCCCGAGGGACUGGGGCUCCCUGCCUCAGAAGCCCCUGUGCUGAAGAAGAGGUUUGGCAAAAAGGUGGUGGGGCCCCCUUCCCGGCUGUACACAGAGGCGCUGCAGGAGAAGAUGCAGGGGGGCCUCCUGGCCCGGAAGCUGCAGCAGUUCAAGCGCUUCGUGGAGAACUACCGGAGGCACAUCGUGUGCGUGGCCGUGUUCUCAGCCAUCUGUGUCGGCCUGUUUGCAGAGCGUGCUUACUACUAUGCCUUUGCCUCGCCGCCCACGGAGAUUGCAGAGACCACCUACGUGGGCAUCAUCCUGUCACGGGGCACGGCGGCCAGCAUCUCCUUCAUGUACUCCUACAUCCUGCUUACCAUGUGCCGCAACCUCAUCACCUUCCUGCGAGAGACCUUCUUCAACCACUAUAUACCCUUUGACGCCGCCGUGGACUUCCACCGCUGGAUCGCCAUGGCUGCUGUCAUCCUGGCCAUUUUGCACAGUGCUGGUCACGCAGUCAAUAUCUACAUCUUCUCCGUCAGCCCCCUCAGCCUGCUGGCCUGCGUAUUCCCCAACGUCUUUGUGAAUGAUGGGUCUAAGCUUCCCUGGAAGUUCUAUGUGUGGUUCUUCGAGACCGUCCCAGGUACGUCAGGGGUGCUGCUGCUCCUGGUCCUGGCCAUCAUGUACGUCUUCGCCUCCCACCAUUUCCGCCGCCGCAGCUUCCGGGGCUUCUGGCUGACUCACCACCUCUACGUCGUGCUCUACAUCCUACUCAUCAUCCACGGCAGCUACGCCCUGAUCCAGCUUCCAUCUUUCCACAUCUACUUCCUGGUCCCGGCGCUCAUCUAUGGGGGGGACAAGCUGGUGAGCCUGAGCCGGAAGAAGGUGGAGAUCAGCGUGGUGAAGGCCGAGUUGCUGCCUUCAGGAGUGACCCACCUGCAGUUCCAGCGGCCCCAGGGCUUUGAAUACAAGUCAGGGCAGUGGGUGCGGAUCGCCUGCCUGGCUCUGGGGACCACUGAGUACCAUCCCUUCACGCUGACCUCCGCACCCCAUGAGGACACUCUCAGCCUGCACAUCCGGGCAGUGGGGCCCUGGACCAUUCGCCUCAGAGAGACCUACUCAAACCUGCAGGGCAACGGCUAUGCCACAUACCCAAAGCUGUACCUCGAUGGACCAUUUGGAGAGGGCCACCAGGAGUGGCAUAAGUUUGAGGUGUCAGUCCUGGUGGGAGGGGGCAUUGGGGUCACCCCCUUUGCCUCUAUCCUCAAAGACCUGGUCUUCAAGUCAUCCUUAGGCAGCCAAAUGCUCUGUAAAAAGAUCUACUUCAUCUGGGUGACGCGGACCCAGCGGCAGUUUGAGUGGCUGGCUGACAUCAUCCGAGAGGUGGAGGAGAAUGACCACCAGGACCUGGUGUCUGUGCACAUCUACAUCACCCAGCUGGCCGAGAAGUUUGACCUCAGGACCACCAUGCUGUAUAUCUGCGAGCGGCACUUCCAGAAGGUGCUGAACCGGAGUCUGUUCACGGGCCUGCGCUCUGUCACCCACUUUGGCCGCCCCCCUUUUGAGCUCUUCUUCAACUCCCUGCAGGAGGUCCACCCACAGGUGCGCAAGAUCGGGGUGUUCAGCUGUGGCCCGCCAGGAAUGACCAAGAACGUAGAGAAGGCCUGUCAGCUCAUCAACAAACAGGACCAAGCCCACUUCAUGCACCACUACGAGAACUUCUGA